AUGAAAGUCCUUCUAACAGGCGCAACGGGCACAAUCGGUGGCGGCGCACUACGAGCAUGCCUCGCCCAUCCCCAAAUCACCACAGUCGUCGCAUUCGUGCGCCGCGCCCUCCCAGAAGACCUAUCCUCAAAUCCAAAACUCGAAACAGUCAUCGUGAAAGAUUUCUCGAUAUGGCCAGAUGAGUUACUUGAUCGGCAUAUGGACGCUGCGGCUAUGAUUUGGGCCCUUGGCUCUCUGAGUCCUACGCAAAAAGUAGAUGUGGAGUAUCCACUUGCUUUUCAGGAGGCCUUUAUCAAAAGGCGCAGUCUGCAGGAAACACCAGCGGGGUUCCGGUAUGUUCAUGUUAGUGGGAAAUUCGUGGAACAGGAUCCGGAUAGGAAGUUGUAUUUUCUGGAUGCGCAGCGAAAGACAAAGGGACUGCACGAUACCAAAGCAGUCGCGUUAGCGGAUCAAACCGAUUCGUGGUGGAAGUUGACUAUCGUUCGUCCUGGAGGUGUCUUGGCUGAUGGGUUCGCGACGGGUGUACUGGCUGCUAUCAUGGGGAAGAACUGGGCUAUUAAUGUGGGUACACUGGGUGCUUAUAUUGCGUAUGUUGCUGUGGGAGGGGAGGUUGAUGCGACUAUCGUUUUGAAUGGGACUAUUGUGGAGAAGGGGAGGGAGUUGCUUAAGGGUGUUUCUUAG